CAAAACAUAACCAACAUUUAUAGCGAAACCAGAUAAACUAUAUUUUAUAUCCGUUUUCAAUUAGCUGCUUCGGUUGAACACGCGAAAUUGAGAGGGUGACAAUCAUUUUUGUGACGUUCAUCGGAUCGGCAGUGUUCGAGAGAUUUUUCCGUGCUGUAGAGAUGGUCUUCCGAGUACAGCUGAGGACAGCUUUGUUGCCGAGAAAACGAAAACUACAGUGUAGAAAUGGCCAUUAUCUAGAAGUUCGACCGGACGGUACAGUGCGAGGAACGAAAAACAAUGAUAGCAUAUACACUGUGUUUCAUCUCAACUCCGAGGGCUCUAACAUGACGACUCUGUGGGCAACUGAGGCGGGCUUGUAUGUUGGCAUUGACAACCGAGGAAACAUUGUUACAUCUGCUGCCAAGAUUCCGGCCUGCGUACUCCGUGAGAACCUGGACAUGGAAUUUUUCAACAGCUUCUGUAAGGAGUUUUCUCCUCGGCGCCUGCACUGUCUGUCGAUCUCCGCUCAAGGAAAGGUUCGAUCAUCUAUCCUGACGUCUUCACGAAAUGUGCAGUUUAUCACUAAACGAAUGAACUAAGCUGCACUAACAAUAGAGACAGAUCGUUUAUGACUUAAUUUCUGAUAUAUAUGUCGACUACAAAGCAUCGUGUUUGAUACGAAUUGACUCCAAACAUUUCAAGACCCCGUCCACACCACGGCGGAGGAAUAUGAAAACGGACGUUUCACUCUAA